GCGGGAGUGAGCAGGCGGCAGCACAGACUGGCUGGAUCCUGCCCUCUCUUCUGAUUUGCUCCAAAUUGCAUUAAAAAAUAAGAUGGAGAAAAUAUGCACGUGUUCCUCCAACCUAGGAAACCUGGUGUCUGUUGUGGACAUGUGCAGAGGUACUCAUUCCCCUGUCCUGCACACCAGGAGGGCCAACGUGAAUAAAAUAUUGAGGGGGACAGCUCGGAGGAAGGCACCUGCCUGCCAGAGGCUCCCUCCAGGCCCCUGGCCCCUGCCCUGGGUGGGGAACAUCCUGCAGCUGGACACCAAGGACUUCCCCGGAUCCUUGGAGAAGCUCAGCCAGAAGUAUGGGCCCAUCUUCACCAUUCACCUGGGCUCUGAACGGGUCGUGGUGCUCUAUGGGCAUGAAGUGGCGCAGGAGGCCUUGCUGGCCCAGAGAGACGCCUUCGGGGCCAGAGGAAACAACCCCAUUCUGGCUAAAACAACCGGCGGAACAGGAAUUGGCUUCAGCAACGGGGAGACGUGGAGGCAGCUGCGGCAGUUUGCUGUUGCCACCUUGGGCAGCUUGGAGGUGGGGAAAAGGAGCUUAGAGGAGAGGAUCCAGGAGGAGGCUAGUUUCCUGGUGGAGAGACUCAGAAACACAAAUGGAAGACCCUUCGACCCAUCUCACUUCCUCAGCCAGGCAACUGCCAACUUCCUCUGUUCAGUUUCCUUUGGGAGUCGUUUUGACUAUGAAGAUGAGGAGUUCCAGGGAUUCAUCCGCCUGGUUCAAGAAAAUGCCCUUCUCCAGUCCAGCCCAAUGACAAAGCUGUACAAUAUUUUCCCGACAAUCCUGGAAUACUUCCCUGGAUCUCACAAGAAGAUAUUUAAAAAUACAGAGGAGUUAAAGCAUUUCAUCUCAAGGCAAGUGAAAAGACACCAGGAGACGACGAAGCCCAGCCAGCCUCAGGACUUCAUCGAUGCCUUUCUCAUCAGGAUGGAGCAGGAGAAACAGAACAGCUGGUCAGUGUUUGAUCUUCAAGCUUUGGUGAGGAGCACCUUAGACCUUUUCAUUGGAGGAGCAGAAUCCACCAGCCUCACCCUGAGUUAUGCCCUCCUGACUCUCAUGAAGCACCCAGAGGUCAAAGAGAAAGUUCAUCAAGAAAUUGAUACUGUGAUUGGCUCAUCACGAAGUCCUUGCAUGGUGGAUCUGGGAAAGAUGCCCUACACAGAUGCUGUCAUCCAUGAGAUCCAUCGAACCCUGGCGCUUGUGCCACUGAAUCUGCCACGUGCAACCACAAAGGACACUCUCUUCAGGCAAUACUUCAUCCCCAAGGGCACCACAGUCUUCCCUGCUCUGAAGCCUUCGCUGCAUGACAGCAGAGAAUUCCCCAACCCACUGCUGUUUGAUCCUGGGCAUUUCCUGGAUGAUAAUGGAGGUCUGAAGGAGAGCAAAUUCUUCAUCCCACUUUCCGUAGGCCAGCGGGCCUGUAUUGGCAAGAAGCUGGUGGACAUGACCAUCUUUGUGGCCUUGACAUCCAUCCUGCAACACUUUGACCUGGUCCCUCUUGUGGCUCCUGAGGACCUCGAUGCCUCGCCAGCACCAGCAUUCCUGACGAUGGUCCCCAAACCCUACCGGCUCUGCGUUUCCCCUCGCUGAAGGGUGGGAAGGUGGCCACCCACACGGCUGCCACAGUCAUGGCUCAGUGGCAUGUUCUGUUUUUAUUGUAACCUUCCUCUUGGAAGUGUUCUUGAAAGUGGGGACGGGGGUGAAUUGUUGGAGAUUGGAAAAUAUAUUACAACAAAGGGGAAAGAGAAAAACGGGUGGUGGGUGGAAAGGAGGAAGUAAAUGUAAGGUUUAUAACACAUGGCACAAAAAGCUGUUCUAUGCACAGGUUUUACAUUUGCCAAGACUGAGCUCAAAUCAAAUCAAUAACCUUUAUUAGGCAUGACAAGUUCAGGAGCUUCAGAACAAAAUUAUGGAUAAAACAUUCACGUUAUAGACUUCAUGAAAUAAAAUACAUAUUAAUUAAAUUAAUAUUUUAGAACAAUAUAUCAAUUUUCAGUUAGGAUCCUCUGGUCCUCUCCACAGUGGCCCAAUCUCUCUGCAUAAACCGAGCACAAAAGCUCAGCCACCACUAAAGUAACUCCAUCAUUAUUAUCCGACAGUAACCCCUGAAUAGUUGGCAUUGCCGUGAUCGAUGCAUCCACCUGCAAAGCACCCAGCAAUCGCCUUCUCGCAUUAAUACCAUAAUUGCAGGAAAAGAAAUGUGGUCCAGUGUAUCUGGUUCAUUCUUCCCGCAUUUACAUAAACGUUUGGCUUUUGGGAGAGCUAGAUAUCUUCCUUCUAUCUCCAUAGAGGGGAACACGUUGAAUUUAGCCAACAUGAAGAGCCUGCACCCUUCCUGACUCUUCAAGUUUGCCAUAUAUCCCCUUUAAAGUCUCUACACAUAGGGAGGUUCAGGUAUAAAGGGGAGCAGGUACUGCGGCCCGCCACCUCAAGUAAGUAGAGAGUGCUUUUCCCUAUAAGAGUCUUUCUAAUAAUUUUCCAGACGUCUUUGGGGUCAGUGUUUUCAAAAUCAGCUCUCUUUAGUCCUAUUGAGUUCAACUUUCUCCUACAAGUCAGUGAUAGGUUAUUGCUUGUAUUAUCACUUAGAAGGUCGUAAAGGAGAGAGUUAGGGGAUAGGGCUCUAUUAUGAAGGAAGAUCCAGUAUUUCAAAGUCCUCAGCCAUGCUCGUAUUGAUAGAGGUAGUAUUCCUAGCUCGCAGCAUAUUGACUCAUAUUUUACAGAGUUUCCAAAUAAUGACCUCAAGAGGGAUGCAUGGAAUUUGUCCAGCUUCUUGAGGUCGCCUGAAAUCCAGUGGGGCGCCAUAUAAAAGUUGCGGGCAGAGUUUCAUGUCAAUUACUUACUUUUUCCUUCAGGGGAGAAAAAAUGAGAUUUGAUAUGGUGGGCUGUCCCUUUGGCCUUGCCUAUUGCCACAGAGGCCGUGUUGACCCAUUCAAGAAAGCAAGAUUAAAUUCCAAAGCCAAUUGUAAGAGUUUUCCUCCUGCUUUGUUAAUGAUAUUAUCUUUUGAAUUCCUCCCCAGUCUCAAUGGGAGCGGAGAAUCUUCGGUUAAGGUUGAAACAUAGCGUUUAUAGAGAGCUGCGUUAUUUGGUCCAAUUCGUGCAUUAGUACCCCCCCCCAUUACGAUCAUGGGGACAUUUGGAGAUCUACUGCGUAUUGAGUACAGCUCUUCAGAGACCAUAUUCCAGCCGUAAUCUGGUUUAGCUUCCGAGUCAAUGGGUGGUAAAUAUACAUUUAGAAGAAAAAUUUCCUUAUUAGCCUUAGACAAUGAUAUCAAUUGUGCAUACUGUCCAAUAUUUCUAGUAUAGUUGAUUUUGAGGCUAGUGGAUUGUUUAAUACCGCAAAUCAAACCAGCUUUCAGACGUCCUUUAGUUAAGGUUUUGGUGGCAAGUAAAUUAUAAAUGGUAAAAUUUGGGAUUUCUAAUGGUUUAAGAGACCAAGAUUCCUGCAGGAGGAUUAUAUCAUAAGAGUCAAGAAAAUGUAUAAAAUCAGGGUCAGCUAACUUACACGAAAGUCCCGCUAUAUUCCAGGACAUAAUUGAACAAGUUUGAUAAGAUCUUUGAUUUGGGGAUACUGAUGGGCAGUCUGGUGUAGUGGGGUCUGUUUUAUUAGAAACGCUGGGUGAAAUCCCAUGGACAGAAAUACUAAAAGGGAAGGGAGUUCAUGAUGGUUGGGAGUUUGUUAAAAGGGAGAUAUUAAAAGCACAACUUCAGGCAAUAUCAAUGAGACGGAAACAUGGAUGGUGCCUAAAGAAGCCAGGAUGGCUAUCUAAAGAACUUUUAACUGAGUUAAGAGUUAAAGGGGAUAUGUACAAAAAAUGGAAAUAGGGAGAAACCACCAGAGAGGAAUUCAAACAAAUAGCCAGCACGUGUAGAGACAAAGUCAGAAAAGCUAAAGCACAGAAUGAACUCAGGGUUGCUAGAGAGGUUAAAAGCAACAAAAAGGGCUUUUAUGAGUAUAUCCGUAGCAAAAGGAAGAACAAGGAAACAGUGGGGUCACUUAGAGGAGAAGAUGGUGAAAUGCGAACAGGGGAUAGAGAAAGGGCAGAACUCCUCAAUGCCUUAUUUGCCACAGUCUUCUCCAAAAAAGAAAACAAUGCCCGACCUGAAGAAUAUGGAGCAGAUGAUUCAGCAGGGGAAACACAGCCCUGAACAAGUAAGGAGGUAGUACAAGAAUACUUGGCUAGUUUAGAUGUAUUCAAGUCUCCAGGGCCAGAUGAACUACAUACAAGAGUAUUAAAAUAACUGGCAGAGGUGAUUUCCGAACCACUGGCAGUAAUCUUUGAGAAUUCCUGGAGAACAGGCUGUUAUAAAAAUUAAUUAAGUUCCCUUAAAGGGAGAUCAGCCUCAAAAGGAGGACAAAUCCUCUAAGGAGCAGAUAGACCUAAGCUCCGUUUGGUCAGGAUAAAAUGACAAAGACCAAAACCCAGGGCUUGUAAAGCAAAGCA